CGCGGCGGGCAGAGCGGGCGGAAGGAACCCGAGCCGGGCUGCCACCGUGUCCGAGCCGGAGCCGCAGCCGCUGCCGGAGCGUCGCGGGGCCCCGAGUCCGAGCCGAACGCCCUUCUCGCCGCCCGCCGCAUCCCAGCGCCCGCCGGAGCCGCCGCGCCGCCCGCGCACCCCCGAAGCGGCCGGGCCCGAGCCCACCUCGGCCCUCUGCUCGUCCUCCCCGCCCCGCACCGGCCUUCACUCUGGAGCCGCCCCGGCAGCCGCAGCAGGGGCGGCGGCGGCGGAUCGAGGAGCUCUCCAGGUCGUCCCGGGAGAGGCUGCUGCAGUCCCGUGACAAGAUGUUCUCCAAGUUCACCUCCAUCCUGCAGCACGCCGUGGAGGCGCUUGCACCUUCUCUUCCUUUACAAGAAGAUUUUGUUUAUCACUGGAAGGCAAUUACCCAUUACUACAUAGAGACUUCGGAUGAUAAAGCCCCAGUGACAGAUACAAAUAUUCCCUCUCAUCUGGACCAGAUGUUAGGUAUUUUGCUACAGGAAGAACGGGAGCGAGAGUUCGGAGUGACAGGGCCGUGUAUGGAAUAUUUGCUUCAUCACAAGAUUUUGGAAACGUUAUAUACCUUAGGAAAAGCUGAUUGUCCCCCAGGGAUGAAGCAGCAGGUGCUGGUGUUCUACACUAAGCUCCUGGGGAGGAUCCAGCAGCCGCUGCUCCCGCACAUUAACGUCCACAGGCCGGUGCAGAAAUUAAUUCGACUAUGUGGUGAAGUACUUGCAACACCAACGGAAAAUGAAGAAAUCCAGUUUCUCUGUAUUGUAUGUGCAAAGCUGAAACAAAAUCCCUACUUGGUUAAUUUUUUUCUGGAGAAUAAGUUGAAGUCAUUGGCUUCCAAAGGCACACCAGAUGUAAUUUCAGAAGACUCGCUGAAAGGUCAGGAUUCCGUGUCAACAGACACAGGCCAGUUCUGUCAGCCAGAGGAACUGUCUGGUGCUGUGGGGCUGGAGCACACAGAGACAGAAGAUGAGCCUCCUCAGCAGAUGGAUGAACUGUCCACCAGCUUGGAUAGCCUAGCCGUCAGCCCACUGCCUGAGGCCACGGUUGUUCGUCCAAACCAGGAUUACAACUUAGUGAAUUCCUUGUUAAAUCUCACUAGAAGUCCCGAUGGCCGGAUAGCUGUGAAAGCCUGCGAGGGCUUGAUGCUGUUAGUCAGUUUGCCGGAGCCUGCGGCUGCCAGGUGCCUCACGCAGAGCACGUGCCUGUGCGAACUGCUGACAGACAGACUCGCCUCCCUGUACAAGGCCCUACCUCAGUCCGUGGACCCGUUAGAUAUCGAAACAGUGGAAGCGAUUAACUGGGGCUUGGACUCAUAUAGUCAUAAAGAAGAUGCUUCAGCAUUCCCAGGAAAACGAGCCUUAAUUUCAUUUCUUUCCUGGUUUGAUUAUUGUGAUCAACUUAUAAAGGAAGCACAAAAGACCGCUGCUAUUACUCUUGCCAAAGCUGUCCACGAAAGGUUUUUUAUCGGAGUUAUGGAACCUCAGCUGAUGCAAACUUCUGAGAUGGGUAUUCUAACAUCAACUGCUCUGCUCCAUCGCAUUGUUCGGCAAGUAACCUCUGAUGUUUUGCUUCAAGAAAUGGUGUUUUUUAUCCUUGGAGAACAGAGGGAACCGGAAACUCUGGCAGACGUUAGCAGACACCCUUUAAGACAUAGGUUAAUAGAGCAUUGUGAUCACAUAUCUGAUGAGAUAAGCAUAAUGACGUUAAGAAUGUUUGAACAUCUUUUACAAAAACCCAACGAGCACAUUCUUUACAACUUGGUCCUAAGAAAUCUCGAAGAAAGAAAUUAUACCGAGUAUAAGCCUGUGUGUCCAGAAGAUAAAGAUGUGGUGGAGAAUGGGUUGAUAGCAGGAGCCGUAGAUCUGGAAGAAGACCCAUUAUUUACUGACAUUUCGCCGGAUAACACUCUGUCAAAUCAGGAGUGGCUUAGCUCUUCACCCCCUGCUACUCCAGACCACCCCAAAAAUGAUGGGAAAACUGAAGUCCAUAAAAUUGUAAAUAGUUUUCUCUGUCUGGUACCCGAUGAAGCAAAAUCGUCCUACCAUGUCGAGGGCACUGGAUAUGACACCUACCUCCGAGAUGCUCACAGGCAGUUCCGGGACUACUGUGCUAUCUGCUUAAGAUGGGAGUGGCCUGGAUCUCCAAAAGCAUUGGAAAAGUGCAAUUUAGAAGCUACUUUCUUUGAAGGUCAUUUUUUGAAAGUUUUAUUUGACAGAAUGGGAAGAAUUCUCGAUCAGCCAUAUGAUGUAAAUUUACAAGUCACCUCCGUGUUAUCUAGACUUUCCCUCUUCCCUCAUCCACACGUACACGAGUACCUUUUGGAUCCUUAUGUAAAUCUUGCUUCUGGCUGUAGAUCCCUCUUCUCUGUCAUCGUCAGGGUUGUCGGAGACCUGAUGGUGCGAAUCCAGCGUAUUCCGGACUUUACUCCCAAGCUUCUGUUAGUCAGAAAGCGAUUGCUUGGCUUGGAACCUGAAGGCCCUAUCAUUGACCACAUCACUUUGCUAGAGGGUGUGAUUGUGUUGGAAGAGUUCUGUAAGGAACUGGCGGCAAUUGCAUUUGUGAAAUACCACGCUUCCUCCACACCGUAAUAGCAUCCUCCAAGGAACUAAGGGAGCAGAACUGUAGUGUACAUUUCAUCAAAAAAGACUCAGCUUCACCCAGCCGAGAGGAUAAAAAGCCUUUUUAAAUGAAGUACUGCUGUAAACUGGACAGAACCAUUAAGAACCCAUUGAGCGGACAUUCUCAGUAAAAUGUUGUAUGAUGUUGUUUUCAUUGGCUUUACCGUAAUGGUUCUAUAUGUAAGAUUGCACGUCCUUGAAUCCAGGAUACAAUCAAAGGAACUUCAGGAAAGAAGCAUUUCUAAUGCCUGUGUGAAAAGCUGCAAAAUUUCUGAUGUCAUGACUUUGAUGAUAUUUCUGUUAUUUUAAUAUCCUUUUAGGUAGCAAGGCAUUUUGACAUUCUCUGGGACUCAAAUGCUUAUAUUCUUUUGGAUUAAUAAGUAGCAAAGAAAAAAAACAAACUAAUUUUAUAACUUUUUAAGGUCAGAAUUCUUAUCAAACAAAAUAUGGAAAAAAACUGUAAAUGAGGAAAAAUACAAUUCAGAAACCAUCAAAUGAGUUAAUAGGAGAUAAAAAUGUGUAGAGCACCGUUAACUUUCUUCAGCUUUUCUAAGAAUAACAAUUUAAUAUGAUAAAGAAGUUCUUGAUUAAUAUAUAUUUUUUAAAAAAACGUUCUUUUACUCUUGGUGCACAUAGCCAUGUUAGUGAUUGAUUUUCACGUAUGGGUCCCAGUAU